ACGUGACCACCAACUCGCAAAUCAUACAGAACCAAGGCGCAAGCUUGUCAGUGCCAGUAGUUCACUCCAAUCGCGCCGAGAAACCGAAGCCUCCCAGCUCCGGCCAGGUAGCCAUGUCUCGCUCUCGUGACGUCGCGGUGGCAGCAGUGCUGCUGCUCCUCGUGCUCCUCGCCGCCACGGCGACCGCGGCGAUCAACCCUCAGGCGGAGGCGCCGCAGGACGACAAGCCGCUGGACCACCUCGCCCACCGCCUGCCGCUGCUGAAGGAGGAGCCCGCCGCGCGCAUCGCCUCGACGGAGCCCGCCGCGCGCCUGGAGUCCGUCCGGCCGGCGGACGACGGCCUGCCGCUGAAGGAGGAGCCCGCCGCGCGCCUGGAGUCCGUGCCGCCGGUGGACCACGCCGCCCAGGGCGUGCCGCUGAAGGAGGAGCCCGCCGCGCGCACCGCGUCGUCGGAGCCCGCCGCCGGCAUCGCGUUGGUGGAGAAGAAGGACGGCGGGGGCGACGCGGCGCUGCCGAUGGAGGCGGCGAGGCCGACGAGCGGCGUGGCGAUCCAGGGCGGCGACCCGGGCACGGUGCCCAGCGCCGGCAGCGACAACGGCGGCAGCGCGAGCGGGGAGCACGGCAAGGAGCAGGGCGGUGGCAGCAGCAAGGAGGCGGAGAAGUCGGCGUCGGCGGCCAAGAGCUGCCUGACCAAGGAGGAGUGCCACAAGAAGCGGCUGCUCUGCGGCAAGGGCUGCACCAUGUCCGCCCACGCCAAGUGCGCCGCCAAGUGCUCCAAGGCCUGCAUCCCCACCUGCUAGGCUGCUGCUCCACCUACUUACCAUGCCACCGCCGGCGACUCACGCCGCCGGCGUCCACGGUGGCGGAUCAUUAGGUUGUUUUGGUCAAGGGAAUAAGGUAGGAGAACGCACUCGCGCUCGCUCGCUGGUUCAUGCAUGCGAGUGUGUGUGCCUCUCGUCUUCGUCUUCGUGUCGUUGCGUUUUGAUUGGUCUUCAUGUUUGUGUUUAGGACUGAUAUUCGUUUAAAGUUUUUCCUGUCAGUGUUGUCGGUGCUGUUGCAACAUAGGUCAGUCAUGUGUCCUUGUGGUGAGAAAUUUCAAUGGAACUUGAAUAAAAAUGUACCGCCCACUUAU